GAACAUUUCUGAGGAGACAUUACCAAGGGGAAAGCUGCCUUUUGACUCCUGCACAAACUUACACCAAUCGGAAUAUCUUCAUUCCCUAUCUUUACCCAGCGGAGGAUCAGCUGAAGCUACAAUAGUAACCAUGCCGGUUGCAAGAAUGAGGAUGAGGCCAUGGCUGGAGAAGAUGAUUGACUCCAACGCCGUCUCCGGUCUGAUGUGGGUGGAUAAGACGAGGACAAUGUUCUCUAUUCCCUGGAAGCACGCUGCUCGUCAUGGCUGGGAGCUGGACAAGGACGCCUGUCUGUUCAAACUGUGGGCCAUCCACACAGGAAAGUACGUCGAGGGCCAAACUUCUGCAGACCCAAAGACGUGGAAAGCCAACUUCCGCUGUGCAAUGAACUCGCUGCCGGAUAUAGAGGAGGUGAAAGACAAGAGCAUCAACAAAGGCCAGCAGGCAAUGCGCGUCUACAGGAUGCUGCCUACCCCUGCCAAAUGCAAGCGGGCCAAAACAAAGGACACAAAGCACAGAAACAAGAGCCCACGUGUGAAGUCAGAGGACUACAGUGAAACACACUCCCCAAUGGACAACUGCUCACAGCUGGAUAACAACACACACUGCACACAGGAAAACACAGUUGACAGCACAGAGCAUCAAGAAGUUAUGAGUGUGGAUGACGUUCCUGAUUGGAGUUCGUCAGUCGAGAUCGGGCCAGACAGCACAAACGAGCUCUGCCGAAGAUUUGAAGUGUCACCUGAGCACAGCACUGAAUACAAGGACAGUGAGAGCGACCUUGACGAGGACAUUAUCAGGCUUUGCCAGCAAUUGGAGCAAGACACAAACUGGAUGCAAAAGAGUACAGACGGCAUGGCGUUCCUGCACAAUGAAGCAUACACAAGCUCUUACUCCAACUCCAGCCCAGGGAGCCAAUGGAGUGAAACUUCCUCAGAUGACGUAGAUGAUAUGCCAGAGUACACAAUUCUGGGAGAGUUUCCCAUCACAGGGGAGUUUCUGCCGAGCUACCGCAGCUUUUUUGAAGGGCUGCCCAUCCCUUACCUCUGAGACUGCACUUACUUUGUACAUAGACUCUAUAAGGACCUCAAAACUUUUUCUGCCCAAUGUCUUUUCAACUUCUGAGGCUGCUGCUUAACUGCUCUGCAUCACACUGAUCCGUUUUCCUGCAAGACCUUCAUGUCGGUCUCUGUACCUCAAGUUAGCACGUCAUCACCUGCUCCCGUUCCUGAUGUCAAAGUGGAUUGGUAUCAGUUUGGACUCACUUACCUCACCUCCAUCUGCCUCUCUUGUGACCCUGUGAAGCAAAAUUAAGAAGAAUAUUGCUGUACUGACAUUGCAUCUCUGUUUCCAUUGGGUUUACGCAAGUUCAAGCGUUUCUGCAGUUUUUUAGAUAUAAUUGCAACAAUCUCUGUUUUUUUAGCUAUUUGUGGCAUAGUCAUGUUCAUUUGUACAGUGAGUUGCGACAUCCUUACAGGCCUACCCAUACAGUUAAUUUAUCCUAUUCUACUAUGACAUUUAGUGCCAGUUGUUCCUAUAUACAUUGCAAAUAGACCUACAAUCAGCACUCUCCAACUCAGCAUCUACCAGUCAGAUAUUGUAUAGUGUCAGUUAGUUAUGUGAUUCAAAAAGCAUUUUUCCGUUACCUGUACAUCUCAGUUUUGACAUUGCUGAAUUGAUACAUUGCAGCAAAUGCUAACUUUUUCAUUUCUGGUGUAAGCUCCUCCUCAUGAUUUUGAUGAGAUGUUUUGUGUCAGGUUUGUAUAAAAAGCUCUUAUGUACAUAAUAGGU